AAGACAAAAAGAAAAUGUGAACCUUAUUGUUCUUUUAACAUACUGCGCACGGUGAACCUAUACUCCAGAUCUUUUCCUUUUCUCUUCCAACUCACCUAGCAAAGCGAGCCCCCGUCAUUCCUUUUCAUCUCCAGCUUCUCUAUGUGGAACAUUUUCAAGCCUAAAGAUAAGAAAAAGGCCUACCCUCCUCAGCAUCAAAAUGACAGCAAUGAGGAUAUCUUACGAGUGAUCAAGCAGUACAGUCAAAGUCCCAUGGAUGCUAUUCAUAAAAACAGUAAAUUAGACCAACCAAAAUACCCGUUUCUGCUACGAUAUCGAACGUCGAACCUCUUUGUCAUAUUCAUAUCUACAUACAACAUCAUUUCAAAUAUCUACCAUAUCAUAUCAUUAUCAUUAAUCACUUUGUAUAUCAUUGAACAUCAAAUCGACACCGGCCCUUCAAAUGUAGAAACGAGUCCAUUAUCAAGACAGAACAUCAACAAUGUGUUAUCCAUCUGUAUCUUGUCUGGAAUUAUUGGUGGGUCCCUAUUGACGAGUUGGGUAGCUCGUCAAACAAAGCAAAGAAGAGUACCUUUACUGGUCGCUUCAAUUGCAGGCAUGAUAGCAGGCAGCGUGUAUAUGGUAUCUGUACAAUAUUGGAUGUUACUUCUUGCUGGGUUUGUACAGGGCGCAUCCAACGCAGCUAUAUGGCUUUUUAGUUCAGCAUGUAUUGCUGACGCAUGGUCACAGCGUCAAAGCACGAUGAUGGUUGGAUUCAUCAAUAGCAUUUCAGCCUUAGGGGCAGCGUUUGGAUUGAUAGUAGGAGGAGAGUUCUUUUACCACUUCGAUCAUAAAAUCUGCUUUUUGAGCACGAUUGUCACAGGCUGCUUGUCUCUAUUAGGAUUGGUUCUUCUCAUUGAAAAGCACAUGGUUCCCAACGAAUGGCUUACUUCAAGGCAGUUGGAAUUCAUGAGAAAAAGAAACAAACGUCGACGUAAUGCAACACCUAUCCAUUCCCGGGUAUGGGAUGCUUAUACAGAGAAAGGUGGAGUAUGGGGCGAUCAUCUAUCAUCAGCGACGCUCCAGCGUGCUGGUAGCCACCGAUCGCUUUCAUCUGAAAAAGACAUGGGUACAGCCACGGCGGCAGCAGCACAACAGACCCAGAAUGGCAUAGGCAUUGAAAAAGCAACAGAUAGGCGCCUUUUUAUGUGGACUUGUGUAGAGCUUUUCACUGUCAUUUACAAUGUCUUUGUUACGUUUGUAAUUAUGAGUGGGCUAAAGCUUGUCGUUAUACAAAACCUCCUCCAGACCUUUAUGUUUCGUCAAGAUGAAAUGUUUCCAGAAGUGAUUACAGGAACGUUUCUACUUCCUUACGCUGUGUCUAGUUUCAUGGGUGGCGUAUUGUGUAUAUGGUUUGAGGCCAAGAUCAUUACUCUAACAAUGACUAUUAUGUGCGUCCCUGUUUUCAUUUGGCUGGGCUUACCCAACAAUAAUUUCCAAUGCUUCGUAUCAGCUGUGGCACUCACUGCUAUCUUAUUGAGUGUCAUCAUAACGUCCAGUGUCGCCGGCAUGGUGCAGAUAGUACAGCAAAAGAGGUUGACGCAGCAACAGAGAAAGGCAAAGAAGGAGCAACCCUCUGCGCAGCUUAUAGUGGGUGUCUUUGGAGCCAUUAUUGUUGCAGCCAACGUAGGACUCUUUGUGGGCUCUUUUGUUUCAGAAUUGAUGGAUAGACUGCAGGGUUUCUGGCUGUGUUUCUCGUUUGCCAUGCUACUGGCCACCUGUGUCCCAGCCAUGAUCUGCUUUAUUAAAAGCGAUGUCGGUCAUAGCAGAAUGGAACUGGAAGAAGGAAAAAAGCAUACGAGUAAGAUUGUCAACAAUAUACGGCCUAUGAGUUUUGACGAAUCUGUUGUAUCUGAUGAGGAUGAUGACCAAGAUACAAAUAGUGCAGUUGGAACCCCAAGAGUAUCGCUGAGCGGUGGCGCACUCAGAAAAGAUGUUCUUAUACACUCUUUGGAGACAAGCCAUAAAGUAUAGUCAGUCCCCCUUUUUCCAUAUUAUUAUACAAUAGACAAAAGUAUACACCAUUUAUUAUAUAAUGAAAAGAGAGAGAGAGAGAGAGAGUACUUAUUUUCUCUUCUAGUGAUGCGAAAUAAUACAAUAAGAAUAUGCAAUUCGUUG